GCGGUCGCCAUAUAAUCGUAAAAACAAAUCAUGGCGGCAAGAAAAGCAUUAAUGUCAGUUGAUUACGAAGUAUUUGGAAGAGUUCAAGGUGUAUUUUUUCGCAAGUAUACAUGGAAAAAAGCACUGGAGCUAAAGCUUGUUGGUUGGGUGAAAAACACAAAGAAAAAUACUGUAGUGGGUCAAGUACAGGGAGAAAAAAGUAAUGUAGAAAGAAUGAAGGAAUGGCUUACUAGAACUGGAAGUCCCUCUUCAAGAAUAGAAAGAUGUGUUUUUUCAAAUGAAAUUAAUAUACCAACUUUAAAUUUCAAGUCAUUUGAAAUUGUCAGGAAAUAGUUCCGAAGUCAGAAAUAGAAAAAAAGACAAAAAAUAUACCAAAGAAAAUUACAGUAAUUUUUUUUGCAAACUUAUUUUUCUUUCCAUUCAAAUUCAUUUAUAUCUACGAAAUUCUAAAUUAUUCAAACGUUUAUAUAGGUUUAUUAUGUUGCAUGCUUUAUAAAAGGAGGCUAAAGUACUAGCAAAAAAUUCUGCCAAUUUUUAAUUUCAAUUUUUUUUAUGGGAAGCAUGUUUGGGUGGCGUAGCAGUGAAAGUGCUCACCUCUCACCAAUGCGACCCAGGUUCGAGUCCUGCAGGGCUCGGUGUCAUAUGCUAUGUGAAUAGAGUUGUUUAAUGCUGGUUUUCUUCUGUGCUUCAAAGGUUCCGAUUCUACUUCCAGUUUUCCUCCCCAAGCAAAAAUCAGCAUCUAAAUUCCAAAUGGAAUUUCAGUGGAUGAAGAGCCACUCUGGAAAUGCUUCUGCUAAAUCCUAUUCAUUUUACUUUAUUAUCUCUUUAUUUAAAUCAGAGAAAUAACUUUUAUAAUAUAGUUCAAGGAAGCCUGACUGCAACCAAUCAAUUUUCAUGUUUAAUGAUAAUAAUAAGUAUUAAUAUCAGAUCUGUUAUUGACAUUAUUGUGUGUUAUUCUUAUUAUUAAUUUCAAGUUUACUAAUUUAAAAUAUCAUGAUUUUUGGACAUUUAUACCCAUACAUAUCACUAUGAGGCCAAACGAUUGUUUUUUCAUAGCUCUAAUUGUUUUUACACUGUUUAAGUUUACUUGAGCUUUACUGUUCAAUAAAUAUAACUUGAUAAACCAUU